ACUUAACCUUCUGCACACGCACCAUUUGACCAGCGCGCUCAUAGGGGCACGUUUAUCGCUCCGCCUAUUCUUCCCAACCCAUCCUGUCAUUCCUGUGACCACGGCCGACCUGUCAAUGUCUUCAUGAUUAAUGUCUAUCGAACGCACUCGGGGUGGCCCAACUGAAGCCCAGCAUGGCGACACAAUAACCUCCCCCACGGGAUCGCUGGCGAACUCGAAUCACUCUCCCUCAUCAUCAACAUCCGUGCCAGGACGGACAAGUUUCCACAGCCAUGGCCGCACCUGGUCCAAGGUCUCUGACCAAUCUCGACAUCAGCCUAGAGCGAAUCGAUUCUCCGUGCAGUUCCCCAUUCAACCCUCCACAUCGAGCAUGCCCAUAGGGCCCGCGUCACCGAGUGUCGAGUCUACAGAAGGCGCACAGGAUGUGCAUGCGGCUCUCAACGGCAGUUUUGUGCCCGACAGCAACUCGUUUCUGACACUUAUCGCUUGUCAGGAGCGGCGUGUGCUGGAGUUGAAAGAGGAGGUACAACGCGCAGAGGCAGACCUGGAGAGGCUAAAAAGGCUGUGGGCAAAACACGAGGCGCAGAAGAAGAGAGAAGAUGCCAGACGUCUGACAAAACUGCAGCCGCUGCAGACAUCUCUGCCCGCUGCGGAUCAGGAGGAGGACGCCAACGGUUCGAGCGCCUGGAUGCAGCAGGAGAUGGCUCGCAGGAAAGCACUGCUCUCGCGCAGCAACAGCAAAGGAGGGCGCACUGUCAUCCCAGGCCAGCGGCACACCCGUACACUCUCGCUGCUCUCACCGGACAGAGACAACGUACGUGGAAACGGAGUACCAGUGCAGCUGUCACCACCACUGCGCCGGGACAGUCUGAAGAACCCUAUGCGCCAGAGCCUUGAUACUGCUGUUGCGACCGCACGGCCGCCGCUGGUCGCCAGAGGAUCCGAGAACAGCGACUUAGUUGGCGAGCUGGACAGGAUUGCCGACCCGAAUAUCGAUCUGACUCAAAGAGCCAGCAUUGAUCAGGAAGCGAUCCUGCGUACCAGUAAGAAGGUAGCAUCUGAAUUCAGAGACGGGCUGUGGACCUUUUGGGAAGACCUGAAACAAGCAACAGUCGGCGAGGAACAUCACGCUAUUCCCCCUCCACGCAGGAAAAGCUCCACACAGACUCUGAGCGCCAUAAGGAAGCAGGGCAGUAAGAGCAGUCUGCGACCAGGCUCCUGCGGCUCGUCGACAGCUGGCAGAGCGCCCGCAGAGUCUACAAGACUUCCGGCAGUGCGCAAUCAGUCUACAUCUGCGAUUCCGGACCUUGCUGACCCAUCUUUCUGGACUCAAUUCGGUGUACCGCCACCUGGAGAGCCUUCUCAACCUCAAGUAAAGAAGGCAACAGUAUCAAAACAUGCGCGGCAGCCAUCCUUGAAGAAGCAAGCAGCAGCGAAGAGGCUUUCUGGCAUGUCAAAUGACGGUUGGGACACAUGGGAUGAUAGUCCUGAGCAGUCUCGUUCGUCGUCAAGCGUGACUUCAGACACCAAUACUCUGCCUUCAACAGUAUCCGGAAGCCCGAGAUCAACCGGCAUUAGCUCCUUUGAACCACUGGAGCCGACAAAGGUUGACUCAACGAAGCGCGACCCGAUCCCAUGGCCGGCUCUUAAGAAGUCGGCGGGGUCGUUGAGAAGGACUGCCAGCCAUCUGAUGCAGGAGUGGGAGAAAUCGCUUACUCCAAGUCCCGGCGAAGAGUUCACUGGGCAAGAUGAUUACAUAGGCACUGCCGCAGAGGCACGCGCGCUUGGAGCGAAGAAGAGGGAGGCGUAAUCGGCGACCUCUCCUUCAAUAGAAUAUUUCUAUCACGUAGACUUGUAUAUAGAGACGAAAUUGGAUGAACCUGGACC